AUGGCUCUGCGCGCGCACGGCAUGGUAUGGAGCGCAACGCAAAGCCCGAGGUUGGGCGCGCGAACACCACGCUCGGAGAAUCGUUUUUCUUUUCAGUUUGUUUCACGGUGCGCUCGGGACGCGAUCUGGCUACGUGUAUUGUAUCUAUCUGCUGUCUACGAACGGAAAGGGUGCGGUACAGAAUCCAGUCUGCGUCAAGGCAUGGCACGCCUGCGAACGCACAGACGAGAACGGGCGCAUAUAUACGAGUGCGCGUGUGCGUGCGUGCAUGCGUGA